AUGUCGUUUGGCUUCCUUGGUCUCGUAACACUUGGGCUUCACUCAAGCGAUAUGAAGCUUAGCUUCUUUACUUCUACUAAUACAGGCUGGUUUAGCGUUAUCUGUCGCAACGAUGUUAAGCGACGACUGAGAUUGGAGAGUGGUCCUCCAUUGGUAAGAAAGUAUCUUUAUAUUGAAGACAGCGAUGAGGUGGUACCCAUUUAUAUUGAUGAUGCCAGUGGCGAAGUAAUUAGAAAUCGAGGUAUGUGUUUGUCUUCUUUGGUUUUCGAGGAUUCUUUUGGAAUAGAAAGUUCUACAGUGGCAUAUUCUGAGAACAAAAAAGGAAGAUGGCGUCUAAUAAGUGCUCUGUGUGACAACAUCAGAAGCCUUCAAGAUCCGGAUUCUGGUGUCCGGGUUUCGCUAGCUCUGUAUAUCCGAAACGGUUCAACCACUAGUGAACGUGGAGUAGAUUCUGUGCACCUAAACGACUCUAUAGGGUUUAACAAUUUCCGCAAAAUACGAGAAUUACACACCGUCUUAAACAGAGAAGAAGUACAUAAGUUUACAAAACUUAGCAGUUACAAAUCUUUCACCAGUGAACCAAACCCGCUUAAACGAAAGAGGAAAAAGCAAAAAAACAGUCUUCACAUCGGAAAGUACGAAAAGCCUGAUAAUAACAUAUCGAACGUAAAGAAGAAAAAUGUUCCUAGUUGGAAACGUAAAACUCAAAUGAUUUACUAUGAACAGGUUGACGGGCUGAGUAAAAGCCUUGUAGAAAUGAACAACAAACUGCCACGCAGUAGGAAAAAGACUCGUGAACUAAAGCAUUCUUUCAAAACAGUUAUGGAGGACGUGGACAAAUACGAAGAAGAAUUCUUCGGCUUUGAAUCUUCUGCAGAAACUGUAUUUUGCUCCUCGAGUCAUGCUAGCAGUGACCUAAUACCGUAUUCUUGUGUAAUAAAAAGGAAGAUUAACGGUUGUGAGGUUCCGGCAGGAGACUGUGAAGUAAAAACAUUGGAAGUGCGACAAUGUCUACGCUGUCGUGAAUAUUGUCAACGGGAUGGUGGAUGCAACCAUAUGACAUGUGCUUGCGGGAAAGAAUUUUGCUAUAAAUGCUCGCAAGAAUGGGGUGAAAGUUUCUAG